AUGAAACAGAAUAAUUGUAAAGUGAAGGACAUAUAUUCUGAAAAACUUAUACAACCUCUCUACGAUUUCCAAAAAUACCAUUUCCAAGUAACUCCCAAUAUCAAUCUACCCUAGAAUCCUAAAUUAAAGACCCCUCUUCACAAACCUUAAGAUAAAUAGACUGCGAUUAAAACUGUCUCUAAAUUUUAUGACCAACAAGCCUUUCUAUAAUAACAUAAGACUAAUCAGCAAAUUCUGCUUUCAAUAAUUUAGCCAUCACAUCAUAAAUUUCUUAAAAAGUAAUAACCUAAAAUCAUUGCUGAUCCAAAAAAUAUUAGUGAAUAAAACACUUGCUAAGUUAUUAAAAUUAAUAGUUAACCAAUAGUCUAAGAUAGGUAAAAGUAAGAAAAAGACAAUAGAAAAUAAAUAAGUGAAGUAGUUUUAAUGUAAAAAUAUCACACUACACGAUUGAUUGAGCAAUAAGAUCAAAAGACCUUCUCCAUUCUCAAUAAAUUGACAAACAAUAAAUUUAAUAAAAGCAGAUACUGCAAUCUCAACUUCCUGUAAUCAGUUAAUAAAUACUCCAAAUUCAUAAUAUUUGUUAUGCAAAAGUUCGACUUGUUUGGUGUCAAACACGCUUCUUCCUUCAUUGGAAAAAAUCCACCAACUUAUUAGUGUUCAUUCUACUCAGACUAAAAGUUGCUAUACAAAAGCAAACCUUUUGAAUAUAAUGAAUUUCUUGAAUCUAUUAUAGGAUUUCAGUGUUAAGAAUUUAUAUCCAUAUAUGUUGUGAUUGAAAAGAUUAAACAAAACGAAUAAGUAAGUUGAUUUAUUAUUUAUAAUUAGUUUUAAGUUGGAGAAGUUAUUUAUAUUGAAAGUUAUUCUCAUAUAACAACUAUGCCUCUGAAAGAGAAUAUCAUCAUUAAGGUUAGUGAUGAGAUAGACGGCGAAAUAAAGAAGACUAUAUCUGAUGAAUAAGUUACAGUUGGGGUCUUACAAUACAAAGUAUUAUAAUUAUGUCAGCAAAACAAUUAAAACAAGUUAUAAGUUCCCUAAGCUUCUUAUGCGAUACAAAUUUAGCAUUCAACUCCUCGACACUCUGCAACCUAAAUUGAAAACAAUGUUUCUAUAUAAUUAAAAUGA